AUGGAGGAUUCAGCAAAGGACUGGUUGGAGAGUUUGGAGUCGGGUUCUAUUAGAACAUGGGAUGCUAUGGUGGAAAAGUUUUUGGAAAAGUUCUAUCCCCCGAGUGAGGCUAUUAAGAGGCAACAUGAGAUCACUGCCUUUCAUAUGAACCCUGCAGAGAAUAUUAGAGAAGCAUGGGGGAGGUUCAAACCCUUGAUGAAGCGGUGUCACAACCAUGGGUUAACCCCGGUAGUGCAAGUCAUUACAUUCUUCAAAGGGUGCGUGCCUGAAGCACAACGGGAGUUGAAUUUGAGCUCAGGAGGAAAUCUUCUCAAGAAAGGAGUGAAUGAAGCUAUGGAAGUGAUUGAGGAGCUCGCCUAUAAUGAUGAAGUAUGGAGUAAUGAGAGGAGUAAGGUGCAUAGGGUGGCUUCCACUACAGAUCAUGAUCCAAUAAACACCUUAUCCGACAAGUUGGAUGCUCUUACAAUGAAAUUUGACUGCAUGGCGAUGAGGCAGCCCUCUCAAGGACCCCAAAGAGGUGUAGAAGAUGUGAACUACGUGCAACAAGGGGGCAACAACAUGUACUAUAAUAACCCCCGCCCUAACUAUCAGGGUGGAGGUUAUAAUCAGUACGGGAACAUGGGGCAUCCCAACCUCUCUUAUGGAAACCCCAAUAAUGCUCUGCAACCACCUCAGGGGUUCACAGUUACUGAUGGAAUGGUUAAUGAUCAAAAGAAGAUGACCACAGAGGACAUACUCAAGUCCUUCAUGAUUCAGACUAACAAGGUCAUGGAACAGAACAACCAAAGGAUGGAGAAAGUUGAAUCAGACGUGCAAGGAAUGGCCACUCAUCUGAAGAAUAUUGACAUACAUAUCAGCCAGAUUUCCCAAACUGUGAGUGCUAAUACUCAAUCGGGAAAGUUUCCAUCAAAUACUAUCAUCAAUCCCAAGGACUGCAAAGCUGUACAUCUGAGGAGUGGAACAAGCUAUGAGGGACCUCCAAUGCCAUCCGAAAAUGAGGAUAGAGUAGCAGAAAGGAAAGCUGAAGAGAAGGAAUUGGUCGAAGAAAAUGAGACUGUGCAGAUUUCUACUCCACCUAAGGAGAACACGACUAUACAUUCACCUACACCACCUACAGCUCAUAGUUCAGCUGAAGUGAGGAUCCCUUAUCCUAAACGUGUUCAGAAGAAGAAGACAGAUGCUCAGUUUUCAAGGUUCUUAGACAUCUUUAGGAAGGUUAACUUGAAUAUUCCAUUGGUGGAGGCACUUCAAGAAAUGCCUACAUAUGCAAAGUUCCUAAACGAUGUGCUCUCCAAGAAGAAGAGGUGGACUGACUAUGAGACGGUGAACAUAUCUGAAAACUGUAGUGCCAUAAUUCAGAAAAAGCUACCGGCGAAGCUUAAAGAUCCUGGCAGUUUCAACAUCUCAUGCGUCAUUGGAAAUGACAGACAGAUAAAUGCACUUUGUGAUCUGGGGGCGAGCAUAAAUUUGAUGCCAUUAUCGUUUUUCAGAAAGAUGAAGAUCGACACUCUCAAGCCGACAACAAUCCCACUGCAGAUGGCAGAUAGAACCGUCACCUAUCCUAAAGGAAUUGUUGAGGAUGUUCUUGUGAUGGUACACGACUUUAUAUUUCCCGUCGAUUUUGUAGUGUUGGAUAUGGAAGAAGACGUGAAUGUACCGCUUAUCUGGGGCGUCCAUUCCUUGCAACGGGAAAAGCAUUGA